AGGUUGAAGUUGAAAUUUCAAGGGCAGCGUGUGAAGUGUGUGAUACUGUCAACCCCUCUAACUGAGAGCUGAAUAAACUAUGAGCAUGCUGAGCAGAGUUGGCCAUGUUCGCAGAUGUGCUGCAAACCUGAGCCCAGCCCUGGGUGCGGUGGCAGCCAGACAGAAGCACACGCUUCCCGACCUGUCAUACGACUAUGGAGCGCUGGAGCCCCACAUCAAUGCUGAGAUCAUGCAGCUCCACCACAGCAAGCACCACGCCACCUAUGUCAACAACCUCAACGUCACAGAGGAGAAAUACCAGGAGGCACUGGCCAAGGGUGAUGUGACAGCCCAGGUGAGCCUCCAGCCUGCCCUGAGGUUCAACGGAGGAGGCCACAUCAACCACACCAUCUUCUGGACCAACCUUUCCCCCAACGGGGGUGGGGAGCCUCAGGGUGAGCUGAUGGAGGCCAUCAAGCGGGACUUUGGUUCCUUCCAGAAUAUGAAGGACAAGAUGUCUGCAGCCACAGUAGCUGUCCAGGGCUCAGGCUGGGGUUGGCUGGGCUUUGACAAGGAACGCGCUAGUCUACGUAUCGCUGCCUGCCCCAACCAGGACCCCCUGCAAGGAACUACAGGCUUAAUCCCCCUGCUGGGUAUCGACGUCUGGGAGCACGCCUACUACCUGCAGUACAAGAACGUCCGUCCUGACUAUGUCAAAGCCAUCUGGAAUGCCAUCAAUUGGGAGAAUGUCAGUGAGCGCCUGCAGAGUGCCAAGAAGUAGACACAGUUUCCCACGGAACACCUUGACCCCCCCCCUGACUUUACCACACUCAAAGCGCACAAAAUUGCAGCCUCUCCCAGCGAGGGCUGCUCAGCUUCUCCAUACUCAACUUGAGAUGACUGGAUAUUACAAGUAAUCCAUAUUAUAUACAGUUUGGUAACUUAAGCUGUGUGUUUAUUCAGAAUAUGUCACAUCAGAAUCAGAAAUGUUGAUAGAGACCUGUUUUUGAUGUAUUAUAAUAAAUAUAAUUAUAUUGUG